AUGGCUGAAAAUUAUUUUAAGCUGCAAGACGAUCUUGCCUCAAAGAUUGUUAAGGGCAAAACUAAUUUAAAGAAAUCACCGAAAGAACGUAUGACUUUGUCCUAUUUAGAGACACGGUUAGAAAAUUUAGAGUCACAAUGGAACGAAUUCCACAACACGCAUAGGAAAAUUGUAUACGAAAUGAAAAGAGAGGAAUUUCAACGAACUGAGUAUAAUAAAAGUGAAAUGUAUGAUACAGUUGAGGAGGAAUAUUUAAAUUACAAAACAUUAUUAAAGGAACAAAUAAGCGAGUUUAAAGUAAAACAUAAUAAUUUAAGUGUUAGUUCAAAUUGUCAGGAACCAAGGAAAGUGUUUGUAAAAUUGCCUGAAAUUGCCUUGCCUUCAUUUUCAGGGCAAUAUUCUGAUUGGACUAAUUAUAAAGAUCUAUUUUUAUCUCUUAUACAUAAUAAUUCAUCGCUUGAUGAUGUUCAGCGACUACAUUACUUGAAGGGUUCACUUACUGGCGAGGCUGCAAACCUUGUAAAAUCUAUCUGUGUCACAGCAGACAAUUAUAAAACUUGUUGGGAUAGGUUGAUGCUUAGGUAUGACAACAAAAGGCUUAUGGCAAAUUCUAUUAUCAGAAAAUUAAUGAAUCAAAAAUCUUUGUCGCAGGAAUCUGCCAUUGCUAUUCGACAGUUGUUGGACACUACUAGAGAGUGCUUACAAUCUUUACAAAACAUAGGAGUUGACUGCAGUUCAUGGGAUUUAAUUCUCAUUUAUGUAAUAUGCCAGAAACUCGAUCCGGAAUCUAGGAGUAAAUGGGAGUCUAAGGUAAGUGAAACUUGUGAAGGGUUGCCUAAGUACAAGCAGUUGGAGGAUUUUCUUGAAACUAGAUUUAGGUCACUGGAGUAUAAAUUGCCUGACAAGGGCCAAAUUGCCGUACAGAGUACUUCAAAAUUCUCUAUGGGGACAACUAUAGCGACUAGUGUAUGCUUGUUCUGUUCUGAAAAACAUAAGUUGGCUCAUUGUAAGGCGUUUGCAAACGAAACUGUUGAUGUCAGACGGCAGUUUGUGCAGACUCAACGAUUAUGCUUCAACUGUUUCAGUUCUGAACACUCUGCUUAUGCAUGUGCAGUGUCCACUACAUGCCGUGUAUGUAAGAAACGUCAUCAUACAUUGUUACACCCUAAAUUAACACAGGGCAGUAAGAUGAAUUCACAUAUGGAGACAGGUAAGGUUGUAGCUGUCGUGACUGAAGCUGCAUCACCAUCAUCAGAGACAGAUUCAGAUUGCAACGAAUCUUCUGAUGUAGUCACAAGUUGUGUUGCCACCUUUAGCAAUACUGUGUUACUGGCUACUGCUUUGGUGAAUGUCAGAUCACAAAAUUCAGAUGGUUCAGCUACCAUUUUGAGAUCUUUGUUAGAUCAAGGUUCACAAGCAACAUUUAUCACUGAAGCGGCUGUUCAGUUGUUGGGCAUUAAGAAGCUUAAGGAAACAAUAAAAAUCUCUGGUGUAGGUAAUAGCAAAUCAAUUAUAUCUAAGGCAUCAGUGAAUAUAUGUCUUACAUCAUGUUAUGAUUCCAAAUUUACAUUGAAUGUUAAGGCCCAUGUUUUAGAUAAAUUGACAACCUUGUUGCCAAACAAUAAAAUUGAGGUAAUGGAUACUUCUCAACUAGAUUUGCCUAAAUUAGAGCUAGCUGACCCUUCAUUUAAUAUUCCAGGCGGCAUUGAUUUACUUCUAGGUGCAGAAGUUUAUUGCAAAAUCUUAAUGCAAGGUUUACAUCAUGGUGUAGGUGGUAAUUUUAUAGCACAAAACACUAAAUUUGGCUGGAUUUUGUCUGGAUUUAUUGAUAAUUCCAAUAUAAACCAGCAAACUGAUAAGGGGGUUAAUUGUCAUACCAUAACAAUUAGUGAGCAUAAUGAUGAUGCUUUACUCAAGUUGUUUUGGGAACUAGAAUCUGAACCCACACAACACAUUAAAAUGAUGACUGAAGAAGAAAAGGCAUGUGAAGAGCUAUUUGCAGCUACCACAAACCGAGAUGAAACAGGAAGGUAUAUAGUCAAACUUCCAUUUAAGGAUCACGACCCUGCUUCUAAGUAUGGUGAAGGUGAAAUCAUUGCAUAUAGGCGUUUUUUAAUGCUUGAGAAACGAUUGUCUAAUAACUCUGGCUUAAAGGAGGAGUAUUGCAAGGUAAUAAAGGAAUACUUGGAUAUGGGUCACAUGGAGUUAUGUAAAAAAGGGAAGAAAGAGGGCGCAAUAUACUUACCCCAUCACGCGGUAAUUCGAGAAGAUAAAGACACUUCAAAGGUAAGGGUUGUAUUUGAUGCCUCGUGCAAAGGAUCAAAUGGGGCAUCCCUUAAUAGUGAUCUUAUGGUAGGUCCUAAUUUACAACCGGAAUUGAGACAUUUAGUAAUGAGAUGGCGCUGUUUCCCCAUAUCAUUAGUUGCAGAUAUAGUUAAAAUGUAUCGCCAGGUUAAGGUGACGGACGAAGACGCUGAUUACCAGCGUAUUCUCUGGCGCGUAAACCCUGAUGAUCCGAUUCAACAUUUCCGGUUGCUACGAGUCACCUUUGGAACUUCAUCGGCACCUUAUUUAGCCGUUCGUGCCCUGCAACAGGUAGCCCGAGAUGAAGGGCCCAAUUUUCCGGCGGCAGCGGAACGAGUUUUCACUGAUUUUUUUGUCGACGAUUUAAUGACUGGUUGUCAUACAGUGGAGGAGGGAAUGCAAAUUUAUACACAAAUGACUAAAUUGCUCAAGUGUGCAGGAUUUCCUCUUCAAAAAUGGUCCAGUAAUAGUAAAGAACUUUUAAAGAACAUCGGGAAGAGUGACGCUCCAAACCUCGAGAUCAAGAUUGACGAAAUUACUAAGAUUUUAGGAAUAGCAUGGAACAGAGAAAUGGAUAAUUUUCAUUUUAAGGUGAAGUUACCAACCCUGGGUAAUAAUUUGGUGACGAAACGACGAGUUAUAUCCGAUAUUGCUAAAUUAUUCGAUCCUUUAGGCUGGAUAGCACCGGUUGUAACGAAGGCUAAGAUCUUUAUUCAAAGACUAUGGCUGUCAGGUAUAGAUUGGGAUACUCAAUUGAGUCCCCAGUUACUAGAGGAAUGGUUAAGUUUUAGAGAGGACUUAAUCAAUCUGGAGUCUUUCGUAAUUCCUCGUUGGAUGCAACUCAAUAAGGGUGACUUGGUUUUGGAACUCCAUGGCUUUUCAGAUGCUUCCAACUUGGCGUAUGCAGCCGUCGUUUAUGCUAGAGUUGUUGAUAAAAAUAGAAAUAUUCAUGUUCAUCUCGUUACGUCUAAAACUCGUGUAGCACCGAUAAAGCAGAUUUCAAUACCCCGCCUGGAAUUGUGUGGGGCUGUCUUACUGUCAAAAUUGCUACACGAAGUGAGCAAUGUAUUGAAUGUUUCAAAAAAUAACAUUCAUGCUUGGACAGACUCAACCAUUGUACUCGCAUGGCUUAGUAGCCAUCCAAGUAGAUGGAAAACAUUUGUUGCAAAUAGGGUUUCUGAUAUUUUAACUUCAAUGGACGGCAAUCAAUGGUCCCAUGUUUCCAGCGAAGACAAUCCUGCAGAUAGCGCGUCGCGGGGUCUUCUGUCUAGUGAAUUGGUUCGUAAUGAUCUCUGGAAAAAAGGACCCGAUUAUUUACACAAGUUUGAGAAAAACCAUCAAACCGGAAGUGCAACCUAG